CUGGGUCGGACCCAGCCUCUGGGUUCCACCGUCCAGGGGUAUUGACCACCCACCUGCCGCGCGCUUCGACCUCCCCGCCGUCACAUCACGUGGCGGCUGCGCAGGCACCGCCCCGCGCCGUUGCCCUGGUAACCAGGCCCAGCGUUUCAACGGCAGGAUGAGCGCGGUUGAGGUGGACGAGAAGAUCAGCCGCAAGUAUCUGCUGAAGCGGCGUCUGGGGAAGGGGGCUUAUGGAAUAGUGUGGAAAGCCAUCGAUCGGCAAACAGGAGAGGUGGUGGCUGUGAAAAAAAUCUUCGAUGCCUUCAGAAACCGGACAGAUGCUCAGAGGACGUUUCGUGAAAUUUUGUUACUUCAGGAAUUUGGAAAUCAUGACAAUGUCAUCAAACUGCUCAAUGUCAUCCGAGCAGCAAACGACAGAGACAUCUACCUGGUCUUUGAGUUCAUGGAGACGGAUUUGCAUGCAGUGAUAAGGAAAGGAAACCUCCUGAAAGACAUACACAUCCGUUACAUCCUUUACCAACUGCUUAAGGCCACCAAGUACAUCCACUCGGGGAAUGUCAUCCACCGGGAUCAGAAGCCUUCAAACAUUCUCCUGGAUUCAGACUGCUUUGUCAAAUUGUGUGACUUUGGACUGGCUCGCUGCAUCAACCAGAUACAAGAGGAGCAGGGAAACCCAGCACUGACAGAGUAUGUGGCUACUCGAUGGUAUCGAGCUCCAGAAAUCCUCCUUGCAUCUCCCAGAUACACCAAAGGCGUGGACAUGUGGAGUGUUGGGUGUAUUUUAGGAGAGAUGCUGCUCGGGAAACCGCUCUUUCCAGGAACCUCGUCAAUAAAUCAGAUUGAAAGAAUCAUGAGUGUAAUUCCAGCCCCCUCAAAUGAAGAUGUGCAGUCCAUUAACUCAGAUUAUGGAGCUUCCGUUGUGCAGAAAGUUUUGACCAGGCCCAGAACCUCGAUUGAUCAACUCCUACCAAGUAGCACACCACCAGAUGCUCUGGACCUCCUGAACAAGUUACUGAUCUUCAAUCCAGAUUAUCGGCUCACUGCAGAGCAGGCCCUUGGACACCCGUACCUCGGCAGGUUUCACAACCCAUCCAAGGAGCCCAGGCUGGAUUACGAUAUUGUCCUGCCCAUAGACGAUGACACACAGUUGUCCGUGGCUGAGUAUCGCAACAAGUUGUACCAGAUGAUCCUGGAGAGGAAGGCAAAUGCUCGCCUGCAGAGGCAGCUGAUGAAGGAACCAGAGCCACUUAAAUCGCCUCUAGUUGUGGAACCGAAAGAAGUGACUUCAGCCAUUUCCAGUACCCCAGCGAUUGUGGACUCUGGGAUUUCUGCUCACAAGGAGAAGGGGCUGAGCCAUCUCACAACAAAUGUCACCUUGUAUAAUCCAAUCACUCACAGCCCGUUAAUAUAUGCAGCUGCUCCAAAUGAUGUGAUUUCGAGGAGGCAGACCCAUUGCGGAAGCACUGCCCCUCCUCAGUGGGCACCCAGACCGAACCAGGGAGGUGAUAUCCAUGGAGCACAGGAGCACUGCAGAACACAGUACCAACAUCCUGAUGUCCAACAGAUAACUGCUCAGGCACCACAGGGCCCUUCAUACACCGAGGCACACAGAACCAAAUCAGCUACUGUGCCCCGGGUCCGUCCUGUCUCCCAUCACUGUCGCACAGCUGUCCACAGCGUCCUGAGCAGGAAGGAAACUGGACAUCAAGAGAUGGGAAUGGCCAUAUCCUGUGCUCUGCUGAACCCAAGGCCACAGUCACAAAGCCGAGAGAACCGUCCUGUGAAGAAGAUGUUCCAGAUGACAUCAAACAUGGAGGCGGCAGGGAACCCAAAAGCUGCCUGGGGCAGUUACUCACAGACGUAUGGCGUCAUCAGUCAGACAGGGCUGGAAAACCUUCGUAACUUUCAGAGGCAAAACAAGCCGUAGAAGACAUCGACCACAGGGUCUUGGGACUGGGUGUCAUUGCAGGUUAAGGAAACCACAGCUCAGAUGGGCAGGAAGGGAAUCACAGGAUGGACAGCAAAUGGACCUGGAGGGCUGGGAUAGGUUGAACAGUGUAGGACAGAUACAUAACACAUGUAACAGGAGGGCUGGGAUGGGUGGGCAGUAUAGGACAGAUACAUAACACAUGACAUAGGUGGGCUGGGAUGGAUCAGACUGUCAGCCAGAUACAUACAUGUGACAGGACGGCUGGGAUAGGUUGGACACUAUAGGACAGAUACAUAACACACGGUAGGAGGACUGGGUUGGAUCAGACCAUGUUUGACAGAUAUGCAUACAUGUGACAGGAGGACUGGGACAGGUCGAGCAAGGUUGGACAGACAUACAACACGGUAUAGGAGGACUGGGGUGGUUGGACAAUGUAGGACAGAUACAUAACACAUGGGGCAGGAGGGCUGGGAUGGGUCGGACAGUGUAGGACAGAUACAUAGCACAUGGGACAGGCGGGCUGGGACUUAGCUGUUCAGCCUAUUGAGCCUGUUCCGCCAUUCCAUCCUGGCUGGUUCUGGAUUCCACUCAAUCCCAUGCACCUGUUCUCAAUUUUGAGGCUGUACCCUCUAGAUCUGGAUAGCCCCACCAUUGGAAACAUCCUCUCCACAUGUACCCUAUCUAGUCCUUUAAACAUUAACACAACAUACAGGAGGGCUGGGACAGUUUGGGCAGUGUUAGACAGAUACAUAACACAGGACAGGAGGUUGGGAAGAGUUGGGUAGUGUUAGACAGUUACACAACAUACAUCAUAAGGAGGGCUGAGACAGGUUGGGCUGUACUGGACAGAUAUCAGAUACAGAAUGUACAUGCUACAGGAGAGAUUGAAGUAGUUGGGCAGUAAUGAACACCCACACAGGACAGGAAGGAUGGGAUGGGUUCAACAGUGUUUGCCAAAUGCACAACAUACACAAGGACCAGACAGGAGGGCAUAGAAGGAUGAAGGAUGGUGUCUGCAGACACAGGAAGAAGUAUACACCAGAUCACAUAGGGCUGUGUCCAAAAAGCUUUAACACUUGUAUGCAACUUUAGUUACACAAGAGAUUCUGUAGAUGCUGGAAAUCCAGAGCAACACACACAAAAUGCUGGAGAUGCUCACCAGGUCAGGCAGCAUUUAUGAAAAUGAACAAACUGUCCCGAUGACAGUUCUCAGCCCAAAAUGUCGACUGUUUAUUCAUCUCCAGAGAUGGUGCCUGACCUGCUGAGUUCCUCCAGCAUUGUGUGUGUUGCCAUGUAAAUGUAGCCUCUCUGAUCUCAGGAAGCAGGUUUUGUAUAUUAUACUGAGUUUUGUUCCCUUGUGUUUACUAAUAGUUCUGGUUUAGUGCCACAAGGAGACUGUCCUUCCCUGCUGGGCUUGUGAAGUUUGGUAACAUACGCAAAAUGCUGGAGGAACUCAGCAAGCCAUGGAGCAUCUAUGGAAAAGAGUAAUUAAUCAAUGUUUUGGGCCAAGAUCCUUCAUGAAUUUGAAUUCCAGCAUCUGCAGAUUUUUUUCUGUUAGUGAAGUUUUGUGCUAUUCUCCAGUGGCAGUACUGGAACUUUGGGAGAGCCCAGCGAAUGAUCCAUGAAGUUCUAAUGCAAAGGGAUCCCCAACCUGCAGGGGUUGCAGUGCCAGCACUGAUAUAGUUCCCAGAAAGGGUUAGUGUGUGCAGAUGUCCACCAUCUUCUUUUGUAAUUGCCUACCUCCUGCUGUGGCCAAUGAAGUGAUUCUGGGGUCUACUGCAGGAUUGGUUCUUGUAAAUAUAUAGUAAUUGGACUGGUGCAUUGUCUGUAUAUGCCCAGACCGUGCUGGUGAUAGUCGAUGUUUAAUAAAACUCAACAAUUUACUCACUUCAUGAAAGCAAACUAGUU